AUGGAUAGCCAAGAUCUAGCAAGAACUCACAGUUCAGGGCAUGACAGCCAUGGAGUCCAUGUUUGUCACAAAUGUGGGUGGCCCUAUCCAAACGCACACCCAAGUUCCAGACACAGACGUGCCCAUAAGAGGAUUUGUGGAACCAUUGAUGGUUACAAGCUGGCUGGCUCUGAGAAGAACACCCAUGUAAAUGAUUCUGAUGAUGAUCACUCUGAUGAAGAACGCAAAACCCCCAAUCUAGUAUCUGUGAGAUCAGAAGACGUGGUGUUCUCAGAUGCUGUUGCAGAAUUUUCAGAUAGUGCUUCUGGUGCAGUAACCGGUGAAGGGUUAGAAAAUGUUCGAGCAUCAGAAAUUAAUCUGGAAAGGGUUGCCAAGAAUGGUUUGAACGUCAUCCAAUCCCUUAAUGAUGGGGAAAUCACCGAGAAUACUACUAAUCAGCUGGGUGCACAAGAGUUACAGGAAUCGUUGUCAACUUCUAACAUCAUUUCAAUGACGAGUUCCGAAUCAGCUUUGCAGGAUGAUAGGAAUCAUUCAGAAGAUGACGUACAACCCAUUCAAUUUGAAGUGCUGGCAGAUGCAUCAGAAGAUAGUAAGAAGACCCAUGCUACUGACAAUGUGAUUGAGAGCUCUUUAUUAUCUGCUCCACAAGAGGACAAGAUUGAUGGAAUUGCUACAAGUAAUCCAGAUGGAGACUUACCGUACACUGUGAUCUCACCCAAUAAAGUUGUCAGUGAAACAGCUGAGGGUGUAUCUAAGUUAGAAGGGACAGUUGAAAUGACUUCGGACUCUCUGCGAGAUAAUGAAGUUGUUCCAUCAGAGAAAGAGUACACCCAUGCGUAUGAUUUGUAUAUUCCUCAAAUUGAUCCUUCCCCUGAAGUUGAAUCUGUUGAACAUGUGAAUGCAUCGGUUGAUACUGUAGAGAAUAAGGUGGAUACUACAGACAGAAUACACUUUUCAAAUUCUGGUGGGUUAACUGAGAGUAGCAACUGGGAGGGAGAAGGGAAUGCAAAUGUACAUGUGCUUUCUGUUCCAGAUGAUACACAUGUGGUAGAAAAUCCUGAGGUGAUGCUUGAAGGUUUUAAAAACCACAAAGAAAAGAAAUUAGACCAGCCUAUCUUCUUGGACUCUUGGGAACAAUUUAAUGAUGAAGAAAAUGAUGUUAAACGUGGAGGUAGCAGCAAGCCAAUGGUUAAAGAAGUGCCUGCUGAAGAAGAACCCAAUGUGUCUCACAUUCAGAUCAAGAGUACUGAAAACCAAAGGUCAGAUGAAAUAGCAGCCCCUGCAGAUGCAAAUGAAUCGUUACAGGUGAAUUUUUCUGAAAGUGAUACAAAUUCCUUGAUUGCUUCCAGCAGUGCUGCUAUAAAUCAAACAAGGCACUUAGAUGAUCUGGAUGGUAAUGGAAAAGAUGAAAAAUGUGAUUUAAGCGCAGACCAUAACAGCAAAGGACCUGCAGAAGAAAAUUCUGUGGAAAAUCCUGCUGAAAUCGAAAUUAAUCCAGCAGCUAAUUUACAUGAAAAGGGGGAUGCUGGUGAUUAUGAGAAGGGUAUAUUUGAAAACUGCAAUAUAAUUGGAGAUUCUGGUUAUCAUGAAACUGAAAAUUUUAAGUUAGCUGGGGAUGACAACAGCAAGGAAUCUACAGAGAAUUUUUUUGCUAAAGACCCUGUGAGUAAUUUGGAAUCUGCUAGUCGUCUCUCUGAGCUCCAAGUGGAUCCAGUAUCCAGCUCGCAUGAAGUUGGUGAUGCAGGUGAUUAUGAGAAGGAUAAAACUGAAAGGUUUGAUAUAAUUGGGGAUGAUGGUGAUCAUGAGAAAGCUGAAAAGUAUGUUUUAACUGGGGAUGACUACAGGAAAGUAUCUACAGAGAAAAUUGUUGCAGAGAAUUCUAUAACUAGUUUGGAAUCUGCCAGUAGUCUCUCCGAACUUCAAGCUAAUUUAGCAACAAAUUUAAAUGAUGAUGACCCUGGCGAUCAUGAUGGUGGUGAAAUUGAAAAGAGUAUUAUAUCUGGAAAUGAGAGCAGUGAAGGGCCUGUUGAAAAAAAACUUUUGGUGAAACCAACUUUGAACCUUGAUUCUGCUAUUGAUCUUGUUGAAUCAAAAACUGUUGCAGAAGAUGCAGUGGAUGGUUCUAUGCUGAAGCUGGUUGACACCAGACACAAACCUUUAAAUAGCAGUUCAAAUUCUAGCGGAGUUGGCCUCAAUAUAGUUUCAGAUCAUAGUCCCAAUGCUGAGUCCUCACAGAAGAGUUCAGAGGGUUGUGGGAUGAAAGAACUAGGUCUUUCUGCUUUAGAUGCUGAAUCUUCUGUUCCGAGUUUCACUGCUGAAGAUAAUGGCUCCAGAGAGUUCCAUGGGGUAUCUUCUGGGUUGAGUUCUCAAUCUUUUCAAGAAGAGAGUGAUAAAAACUUUGUAAAGCAACAGCUAAGUUCAUCUGCACUGGAUGUUGUUGACUCAAAUAGCCAAACUGACAGUCUGGAAGGAAACUGGGGCUCUGUUUCAGUUCUUUCUAUCCAGUCAGAUGCACAAGCUGUACCACCUGCAGAUUCCCAAACUUCAGUGGAAGAGAAGAAGUCAAAAGCUGCAUCUGAGAGACAAUACCCUGAAAAAUCUGAUAUGUUUGAGGCACCGUCAUUCAUGACAUUGGUUGAACCUAGAGGCGUGAAUGACCAAAAAGCUACUGCUGCUGAAAUCCACACAGCACAUAACCCAGAGCAGCCAAAACCUGCACCUUUGCAGGCAGGGUGGUUUCCUUCUAUCAGUCAUGUUGUGAACGAAUCACCGGGGAGAAAGAAGAACGAAGAGAUCAUUGCCAAGGUUACAAACUGGAGCACUGGAAAGCAACACACCCCUUUGAAGAACCUUUUGGGUGAGGCCUAUCUAGAAAAUAAAGCAAAGUCACCGACCCAAAAAGAAAGUCAAACUCCUGCGCCUCAGAAGGAUGAUAAAGCAGUGAAGGUGAAGGAUGGUGGUCCUGGAGCGACAACAGUGAACUCAAUUCUGGGUCCCGAAUCACCAACAGGUCAGGCAUCUAAGAAAGAGAAUGCAAAAGAAUGGAACUCUCCGGCACGGUAUCCUUCAGACAUUAAGAGUGAAAAGAAGAAAGUCAAGGGUAGACCAUAUUGGGCGCAAUUUGUAUGCUGCUCAUCUGUGCAUUAG